AUGGAAGUGGAUAACAUAUCAAUGGUUGGAGUGAAACCAGGCUUACGAACUCCACAAGACAUUUACAGAUUAGAAUCAAGAAAGCGUUUUGAGAAUAUAAUGCCAGGUUAUUGUCCACCUCCACAUUUAGGAGGGGGUCCAGCACACUCGUUAAUACAAACAUGCUACGUACAAACGUUUGUAACAACAAUGGCCAGCGGAUUUUCUGUCACUCGAGAUACAGUCACUUCAGUAUUAGCUGGAAAAGCAAAUACAGCUACAACGUCUAUUAAUGCGUCGCAAGCUAAUUUCAUUAGGCCACCACCACCCCCAAGCAUUAACUUGGCUACAACAUAUGCGAUACCGACGAACCAACCUGAUCCCUUUAUAAAUUCCGUCAAUUUACCUACGAGCUAUCCGUUGCACAUAGCCGGUACAACAGCGCAAAAUAUGAUUUCAAAAUCACCAUUAGAAAUGGUCCAGAAUGUAAUCAGCAGUCUGCCGUCGAAGUCGGAAACAAAUAAUACGCAACCUACAACAUUACCGCAGAUUGGAAGGCGGACUGGUCCCACCACACCCGGACAGAUAUUGAUAUCAUCUACUGGUCAAAUUAUUGUUUCCAAUAACCAUAUGCCACCACCUCCGCCGAAAACUAGCACGGCCAUUUCCCCCAUACAAGCUUCAAGUACGAUUACAAAUGUAACAACGUCCGUAACGCAAGUUGUUCCCGCAGUUGGCAAUGUUCCGCCCAUUGUGAAUCAACCAACAGUCGUCGUUAAUACGUUGCCGACGCCGUUCGUCUUACAGCCGCCGAUAAUGGCUGUGGACGGACAAGUCAUGCAACAGAAUACAGUGCUACCUCAAAUAGUGACUGGGGGCAUUGUGUCGGGACAGCCUUCGAACGAAAGUCCCCGACAGAUAGAAGUGAAGAAUGGACAAAGCUACGUCCAAGGCGUUGCAAUGCUUUCACCGGAAAGUUUAAAGAAAAAAAACAAAAAGAAAAAGGUACCAGCCCCCAAUAUAACGAACGUCUUGCAAAUAACUGCACCGCAACAAAAUCCCAGCAACAUAAUGGUGCAUCAUUCGUCGCCGCAGCACAAUUCUAGUCCACAAUUCUCGCCGCGUGGUUUCCAGGUGUCGCCUACCAAUAAUAUUUCUCCAACUCCGAUGCUGCAAGCGUUGACUAUUGUCCCUGGAAAAUCUGGAACACCUGCCCACAUAGUUAUGAACGGACAAGGCAACACUAAUUUUGGUUCCCAACAGAUAAUCGCGAAUACGUCUCCAUCGCAGCAGAUCAAUCUGUUGCAACCGGUCAAUUUAAUUAAUAACACAACAAGCGUUAUGUCCAAUUUCCCCGCCUUCCAGCAAUUCAUUGUGCCAAACCUCGGCGGAAUGGUUAUGACGGCUGAUGGAACGGCUAUAAUCCAAGAUAAUUCAACAGGAAUGCCUGUCCAGUUGCAGCUGCAAACAGUUAACGGACAAAAUGUAUUGACACCAGUUCAAAAUACUGGAGUGUUUGGACAAAAUGUAUUGACACCAGUUCAAAAUACAGCGGGAGCCAACAGCGGUGUUGUGAUCAGAGCACAAAAUCAACAAGGAAAGAUUAUCCAAUCGCAGCACAGUCCGGGCGCUCAGUUUCUGUCUCCUAAUAGCCAGGUUAUGAUGAACAGUCCCAACUUUAAUGGCCAGCUUAGUCCCUUACUUGCCAAUUUGAGUCCAACAAACGUAACAUUUAAUACGAGUCCACAUCAAGUGAGAACGGGAAACGUACAAACGCAAGAAUUUAUACAGACCAAUCAAAUGGGACAAACCUUGAUGGUUCCAUUGUCGCCGAAACAGGUCUCACUGACAUCAGCGACAAACAACAGAAGCAAUUCAACUUUCGUGCAACAAAACACCACAAUAGUUCAGCAACAAACAACUUUGGUAUCAAACUCGCAUAACUCGCAGAUGUCGUGCCAAGCUAAUUUGCAUGGCGGCAAUUCUUCACGUCUGAGCAUAGACCCUAAUCUUCUCCUCACUCAUAAACAAAUAACAAAUCAAAAAGGUAGAAGCUUUGUUCAAAUAUCUACUGAGAACAAUCAAAUUGACGAAGUAAAAGAUGAUAAACACACGCCGCCGGCAUUCGGACAGUUGCAAUCGAAUGAGAAUGAAAGAAAAAUUGAAAACGAGGGAUACGCUAAAUUUAUGAACGAGUUCAAUCCUUUGAUCGGGCAGGGUACAUUUAAUUCACACGUGAGACACUCGGUGUCGACUCAGACUUUAGUCAAUCAACAAAGGGGCAAAUCACCAAACAGCCAGGCGGUUUCUGGUAGCAGUCCCCCGGACACAACUACGCACAGUCCUUUAGGCGCUUUGGAAACCGCUUCUAGUCCGCGCGUGUACGGCGCCAGAUGUAUGUCGACGCAAGGCAACUAUGCAGACACUACUACCAAGUCGCCGGAGCCCGCAGACGUGAACUCCUCGGCCAUGGUACAGUGUGUGUCUAGCAGCGAGCAAGAUAUGGCCGAAUCAAGGGAACGGGGUUGGCCGACGCCGCGAAGCGACAUUAACUCCGAUAACGAAAUUCCAACUCUGAUGUCAAACGUGCCCAUAGUACGUCCUAGUCGGCCAAUGAAUUCAGUGGAAACAUCCGAGAUGCACUACAACCAAAACAUGGGAACACCUAAUUUAAACAAUCAACAUGUUAUGCCGAUGUCCUCUAAUUAUUAUGAAAGAGCCCAGGGCUAUAAGAGGAAACACGAAUUUGGCGACGGCUCCUCCUAUAGAACGGAUAAAUUGAUGAGAACAAACUACAGUAUGGUACAUGGUCUACCUAAAGAUUCAGAAUACGACGGAUUAGGAAUUAGUUCCCCAGAUAAAUCUCAAAGGCACUUCUCUACUUCGGGGACCAGUUCGGAUUCACCUUCAAUGCAGAAAGUAUUCGAUAGACAUAAUUUAGGUUCUGGCGAUGAUUCGAAGAGCGAGGACGAUUUGGACGAAAAAGGGGGUGAGGUAUCUAGUGAAAAAGCGACGCGCAAGUUUGAGGUCGGGGACCUUAUUUGGGGCCCGGUGAAAGGGUACAACUCGUGGCCAGGGAAGCUGGAGGCCCGCUGCGAAGAUGGGAAAUGGAGCGUGCGUUGGUUUGGUGCCGACAAGACGGCGGGCUGUGUGGAACAUUCUAGACUGCUCACGCUCAGCGAGGGCCUGGAGGCGCACCACGCCGCGCGCACCAAGCACAGGAAGAGUAGAAAAUUGAAUUCUUUGCUCGAAAAUGCGAUACAAGAAGCAAUGGCGGAGCUAGAUAAGAAGUGCGAUAAAAACAUGGAAAGGAAAACCGAGGGCGAGGAUUCAGAUGUCGGAAUAUCGAUUACAGAUACACCUAAAAGAAGCAGGAAACAUGACAAGUUAAGGAGCAAAGAAAAGCAUAGAAAGGCUCCAGCGAAAGUGGAUAGCUCGAGGUCACGAAGCUCGCGAUGA